AUGCGUUUCACCGUCGCGCUCACUACUCUGGUCGCCGCCGCCAUGGCCGCACCUCUCGAUACACUUGCUGCCCGCGCUGACGAGCUCAAUGCCGCCAUCCAGGCUCUCGCCGCUGAGAACCCUGAGGAUGCCGAGGCCGCUAAGGGUCUACUGGGCCGUGACAUCAACCCUAAUGUCCAGCUUACGAACGACGACGAGCAGGAGGAAGUCUUCAAGCGCGAGGACGAUCUCAACGCCGCCAUCCAGGCUCUUGCUGCCGAGAACCCUGAGGAUGCCGAGGCCGCCAAGGGUCUCCUGGGUCGCGACAUCAACCCCAACGUUCAGCUUACCAACGAUGAUGAGCAAGAGGAGGUCUUCAAGAGGGAUAUUAACCCCAACGUUCAGUUGACAAACGACGAUGAGCAGGAGGAGGUUUUCAAGAGGGACAUCAACCCCAACGUUCAGCUCACCAAUGAUGACGAGCAGGAGGAGGUUUUCAAGCGCGAUAUCGACCCCAACGUUCAGUUGACAAACGAUGAUGAGCAGGAGGAGGUCUUCUAA